UAUGCCUCCAAAAAAGGGAAAAGGAAAAAAGAAGCAAGAUUCUGAUGAUGAUGAAUCAGAAGAAGCUUAUGAACCAAAGGCCACAAAGAAAAUUCAAAAAUAAACCUAAAAAAAAUAAUAAGGAUCAGCAAAAAAAUAAAAAGAAGAAGAUUCUGGUGACUCUUCAUAAUCUAGUGAAGAAUCAAAUGAAAAACAACAUAAAAAUAAGAAGACAUAACCUUAAAAAUAAAAUAAAACAACAAAUAAUACUAAAAAGAAAUAAAUAAAAGAAGAUGUUAAUUAUUGUAAUAUUUUAGGAUGAUGAUGAAAAUUCUGAAAGUGUUGAAAAUGACAAAGACAAUUUUAAAUAAUAUUAAAAAAAAGAGACUCCACCUGAAGAUGAUCCUUGCAGAAUUUAUUAUGAAUCACUAUACAGAGAAAGACCAGAAUCUUUAUUAGCUAUUAAGUAUUGUUUAGAUUAUGGUCUCAUUGACGAAGCCAAUAUCUAAAAAGCUCAUAAGUUUUAUGAAAAACAUAAAUCUAAAUAAAGAUGACAUAAAAAAC